AUGAGUUUCGUGGCUGACAUGUUCAUCCCUGGAUCAGGAUCCGUCGUGACUGUCCUCGUCAAAAUCUAUGAUCUGUGUAAUGAGAUGAAAGAAGGUCAGAUCGCGUGUAAACGCCUUCACCUUCGCUUAAAGGACAUCUUCGACGAAUUGCAGAAAAUGGAAACCAGAGGAGAGAUCCCAUCAAGCGACAAGGUAGCCAAGUACGUGGAGGUUGUGGCCAAAUACUUGCGCUACCUUGAACAAUAUCGCAGCCAAAAACUGUUCAGACGGCUGAUCAAGCACCAAGCCAUGUCUGGACAACUAGCUCUUAUUUACGAAGAGAUUGACAUGCUCUUUCGAAUUCUCAAUCUCGCGGGCACGGCAGCUAUGAUGGAAUGGAAGCAGCAAUGGGAUAUCGAUCAACAAGCGCAGCAAGAAGUGAUGUCAUCGCUUGUCGUGAACAGUGUGGAGGUUUUGCGUGAACUUCAAGACACGCGGGCGCAGUUAGAGGCAAUGAUGAUGCUCAAGUAUGAAAUGGAGUAG